AUGUUCGAUGAGAACAGUAAUGCCGCCGGAACGACGCCAGUAGCUUCUUCGCUUGCCGCCACACCCAAUGCCAAUCUCGUAUCACAAGUGUUCAAUGUGAAAGACAGUCGGUGGUUACAGGUUGAAGUUUGUCGCGAAUUUCUGCGAGGACAAUGCGCCCGAUCGGAUCAAGAAUGCAAAUUUGCUCAUCCUCCGCCUAAUGUCGACGUUCAACAAGGGAGAGUGACUGCUUGCUACGACAGUAUAAAGGGAAGAUGUACACGAGAGAACCCAAAAUGCAAGUACCUUCACCCUCCACAACACAUCAAAGAUCAGCUAUUGAUAAAUGGAAGAAAUCAUUUGGCACUUAAGAAUUUGUUAUCUGCUCAACUUAAUCAAUCCGGUACUCAGAUGGUCAACCCAAUGAUUGCCUUGCAACAGCAGGCAGCCGCUGUGAACUUGAUCCCAAACACUCCAAUCUACCCACAAUACUACAAUGGAAUGAUGUACCAACAAGUUCUUCAGGAUCCAUACGCAGCUGCCGCCGCUCAGCAGCUACAAACCGCCGCCUUGCUUGGCAACGUCGGAGGAUUGCUUUCGGCACAAUUCGUCGCCAACUCAUCAGCUGCUGCCGCUGCUGCUGUGGCUGCUCAACAACAGACAACGCCUUCACCAUUGCUUCGUCUACAACGAAAACGAGCGCUGGAAGAGGAGAACUCAAAUGGGAACGAUUUGGCGGCAGCUCACUCCCAACUGCUGUCAUUGGCGGGAGGUGUCCCAGUCAAGCGACCAGCUAUUGACAAGAACGGAGCCAUGAUGUAUUCACCAGCCGCUCAACCAGCUCAACAAUUCAAUCCAUACCUUCUACAGACACUUCAAGGAUAUGUGCCAGCUGUCUCUUUCAGUGGUCAGCUACCGCCUCGCUACUAG